CAUAAACUGCGACUUUUACACAAAGCUUAGGCACUCUCAAGCGCCUGAACCAAGCACAAAACCUUGCGACAUACUCGGCGAAACAAGGGACAGCGCCCGCCAGGAGCGAGAGAGGAGCCCCCGCGCUCCUCUGUGAUUAUCCCCCUUCGUGAUUACCUAGCUCGGUGAACCCAACCAUAAUGUCUUCCGCAGUCGUUUCGCGCCCGGCGGCGGGCACCGCGAGCACAAGCGGUCGCCCGGCUCUCGCGCUCCCGCGCCUGAGCUGCCGCACGCCCCAGCAGCGCCCCGCCGGCUUCAACCCCGCCAUUCUGGCUCCAUCACGUUUUGAUAUUAUUCGGGCGCAGGCUAAGAAGGACGAGCGCAAGGCCGAGCCUGGCGCGCAGCCCAGCCUCUCGAACCCCGAUGGUACCGACGACGCGCCCUCGCCUUUUAUCGAGCCCUUGAUUCGCGGCCUGGUGCUGGGCAUUGGUGCGGGCGUCCUGACUGAGAUGCUUCACGUCGCCUUCAAGGUCGGCGAGACCGCCACCGACGGCGGCUGGCACAUGCCCACAGGCGCUCAAAUUUACGAGCAGCUGGCGCCGCUCUUCGUCUGGGACCACGCCGUCGCUAUCUCGUUCUGGAUGGUAUUCUACAUCAUCGAGGCUGCCGCCAUCCUGGCCAUCCUGCGCGAGUACCCCGACGACAAGCAGGCGUCCAAGGUUAUCCGCUCCACCGUCACACUGCCCAAGCGCCUCAUGCCGCUCAAGCUGUCCGCCGUCAAGCGCGCCCUGCACGGCCUCAUCAGCGGCCGCGGCGCCCAACAGGCGGCCACCCAGGGUGCCACCCCCAUGGCUUUCCGUGACGACGGCUUCCGCCCCGCCGCCGCCGUCGGCCCCGGCCUGUCCCGCAGCGGCAGCGGCGGCGGCGGCGGCACAGCGGUGCUGGAGCGGCCACGCCCUACCGCCGAGCCCGAGCGGGAGGAGCCCCCGAUGCAGGAGGAGGAGGAGGCUGCGCCACCGCCGAAGCCCCAGAGGCAGCCCGCCCCCGCGCCCGCCGCCAGCCGCCCCCGCGGCGGCUCCCUAUCCGCCCAGCUGCGCGCCGCCGCCGGCCUCAAGCCCGGACAGCUGGCGCCCGGAGAGCUGCUGGCGGGCCCCGGCACCGGCAGCGUGACCGCCAACCCGCGGGACGCCCUGGCUGCCAAGCGCGAGAAGGAGCUGUACGACCGCCGCGCCUACCUGCAGAACUUCUGGUACGCCGCCGCCAUCAGUGAGAAGCUCAAGGCGGGCGGGCGGCCGCUCAAGGUGGACAUCCUCAGCCGCACCGUCACCCUGUGGCGCGGAGAGGAUGGACAGGUUCACUGCCUGGACAACGUGUGCCCCCACCGCGGCGCGCCUCUGUCGGGCGGCUGGACCAAGACCAAGAAGGACUCCGUGCACAGCAACGGCGCGGCCGGCAGUAGCGGCAGUAGCAGCAGCUGCAGCAGCAAGAAGGGCGGCGGCAAGGCCGGUGGCGCCAAGGCCGCGGGUGGAGCCAAGGCCGAGGGCACCAGCUGCAUCGUGUGCCCCUACCACGGCUGGGCGUUCAACGGCGAGGGCCAGCUGGAGGAGGUGCCCAGCCAGGCGCCCGAGGUGGCCUUCCCGCGCCGGCCGCUGGUGAACGCAUACCCCGUGGAGGAGCGCGGCGGUUUCGUGUGGCUGUUCUUCGGCGCCCAGGGCCUGCCCGCCGACGAGCGGCCGCCCAUCCCGCUGGUGCCGGAGCUGGAGGACAGCGACAACUGGCGCGCGGUGUACGGCGAGAUGGAGUUCGACUGCCCGCACUGGAGUGUGUUUGAGAACGCACUGGACAUGGCACAUAUCCACUACCUGCACGACGGCAGCUUCGGAAAUCAGGACAAGCCCAUCAUCAACGACAUGCAGGUCACCCGCGACACCUGGUCCGUGGCCGCAAACUUCAGCAUUCACAACAAGCCGGUGAACCCGCUGUGGAACUUCGCCGCGGUGUCCGCCGUGCCCGUGGAGGCUCGCGCGCUGCUGCCCUCCACCAGCUACGUCAAGAUCACGCUGGGCGCGGGCAUUCAGAUGAUCACCUACGUCAACACGGUGCCCAUCGACGAGCACCGCUCCAUCAACCGCUUCUGCCUCAUCCGCAACUUCGCGCUGUCGCCCGUGUUUGAUGACUACACGCGCAAGUCCAUGUUCAAGAUCCUGGGCGAGGACAAGGCCAUGAUCGAGCUGCUCAAGCCCGAGCAGCUGCUCAGCGAGGUGUCGCUGGAGGCGGACAAGCCGCAGAUUGCGUUCCGCAAGCUGCGCCAGGAGUGGAUUGACAUGGGCUACGGCGUGCAGCCCGACACCACUGCCAGCCACAAGGGCUCGCUUCGCGUGGACAUGUAAGCAAGCCAGAGCUCAUUAAGCAUAAGCGUCAGGCCAAGGCUGCCGGGCUAGCUAGCUGCUAGCUAGCUGGAUGGUUGGCAUGGCAGACGCUGUUCAUCAUGGAUUUGCAUGAGCAGCUGGCGGUUGGCCGACUGGCUGCCCUACUGGUUGGCCGACUGGUUGGGCUCUUCAGCAUUUGCAUGUUACCGCGUUGUGGCGAGGCGCGGCAGGCCUCUUGAGUUUGGAGAUGGAUGGCGGGUGUUUGUGGGCUCGGGCCACUCCAGCGCGCUUGUGUAUCAUUAAAGCUUCCAUGCAAGCACGCAAGCGAGGCGCGUCGCCGCUCCCCCGCCCCCAAGAUGUGGUGGGUACUUGAGUGACGGCGCGGUUGGGCACCAGAUUGGCGCCGAAGUGCGUGGUGUUCUACGUGUGUACUCGUGUGUGCUUCAUCUAGAUAUACAGAUGCGGAGAGAUUAUGUCAAUUGUGUGGAUGUGCGCGUGCGGCUUUUCCUAACUGUACGAGUAGUGGGUUAUGUGUGAAUGUGUGUAUUUACGUGCCAGCAAGCAACCGCCAUGUGCAAUUGCGUUUCCUGUGGCUAGGUAUUACUCCGCCAGCUGCGCAGCUGUUGGCAAUGCUCAAUGUACAAACAAGUAAGUAGAGCGCUGUGUACUCUUAACAGAGCCACGAGUGACAGGCCAUUGGUUUUGGGGGGAUGCAAGGACGGUUUAAGGUGGAUUACUUCCGGCACCUUGUAGCCAACGCACGGCGACCCUUGCAGAUGGGAUUGCGCAAGGUUUCCUACCAUUUGGUUCGGCCGCGUAUCAGUAUUUCAAAAGUGCUGUUUUGUAUUUGUGGCAGCACAGGCCCCGUAUUGGAGUUGUUUGUGCGCAUUCUCAUUCAAUUGGUUGACGAUGUAUGACGAUAUACGGCACAAGCUUGGCAUUUGUGGUAGCGUGCUCGCUGCGGGUGCGUGCUGGCUAUGCGUGUGCGCGUGGGGUUAUGUUGAUGGGGCGGGUGCAUGGACGUGGGGAAGGAUUAUGGAGGCUUUGCCACCAUGCACGCACGCACGUACACCAUGCAAGAACACGCAUCAGCGCACGAACGUGUCAAUCAAAGCAGUGCGGCAGCAGUGCGCGAACCUGUAGAACGGUAUCGGCGGAACGAUAUCGGCGGAACAUGGUGUGUAUCUGCACACAAGGCGGAAGAUACCGUAUGAGGGAAAGGAAUGCGAUGGUGCCGUGGACUUGUAAAAAGGGUGGAUGGGCGAUGCAUGAUUGCAAGUGACGGAUGAAGGGGAGGUGCAUCAGGCAAUAUGGUGGCGAAGCGAUGCACUGUACAACACAGUACAAGUUUUGAGGAGUGUAUAACAAUAUCAUCAAGGUGAGAUGAGGCGCGUACACAAUAUCAGACGCGCGGUAUGAAAAACAAUUUGUUGAUGUAUGAUACGGUAUUGAGGCUGGCGUACACGCAACACGUGUGCCAUGUUGAUUGCACGGUCGUGUGCGUAUGCAUGUGACGACGAUGAGGAGGGGAGGUGCGAGAAGGGGAUGUUGACGUCGGAGAAAAUUGAAAGUGGACAGGAGAGGAAUUGAGGACGUUGGAGCUUCGACGUGGGAGGGAAAAGGUUGACAGGAUGGCACAGAAGUAGGGAAGGUGGGAUGCGUGCACGACGUGCGCAGUUGGUGAGCAUAGGUGUGCAGUACACAUAUGCUGUACACUUAGUGUAGUGCAGCGAAGUAGUGAAAAGAGGGGUUGACUGAAGGGAGUGGUGGUAUCGGUUUGGUACACCCACGCCACAGUACGCUUGGGGCACUUUGUAACACGUUGAGUUG